CCUCGCCGUCGGCGGCUCACCACUAUAGCCCUCCCACUGCCAGCGCCACCCAUGGCUCUGUCACGCCGCGCGCUCCACAUAUUAACGACUUCCCGGGGCAUCUCCUCGACCCCGCAUCUCGCCUCCCUCGGCUGGUUCGACAAGAUCAAGACCACCUUCACCGGCAAGAAGGAAGACGACAUGCCCUUCCCGCCCUCCGACUCCUUCACGCUCCUCAAGUUCGCAGAUUCCAUGGACAUGGCGAGGAAGGUGGGCACCUUCAAGAACUUCGUGUCCGGGCGGAGCGGCGAGGCCACGGUCGCGGCCGCCUUCGAGCAACACUCCGCCGUGCUCCGCUACCUCGCAACCAUCGACCCCUCCGGCGAGAAACUGAAAAACAGCGACAAGAUCAACGCCACCAAGCACUGCAACUGCACCAUCGCGGAUGUGGAGCACAUACUGGCCAAGUACACGUGGGCGAAAGACGCACAGAAGAAGAUUGAGAAGCUCAAGGAUGAAGGGAAGCCAAUACCAAAGUCAUUUAGUGAGGUACAAAAUUUAAUGGGUAAUACACCAUUGGACAUUGGAAGAUCUAAUCUGGCAAAAAGUGGUCAAAUAAGUAGGAACGCUCUCUGCCCAUGCGGUUCUAAGAAACGAUAUAAAAGGUGCUGUGGAGCUUCUUGAGAUGAAAUCCAGCGCUUUCUUUUGCCUGAUUGCGCUGACUGGAGUAUGUAUUUUGCCCUGUGUGAACAAGAAGCAUGUUGCAAUUCUUAACCUAGACAGAAACCUUCCCCAGUGACACUUAUCAUCCUGGCUGUGAAGCUGUUAAAGCAUCGUUGGCUUCAGUUAAUUUGAUUUGUUUAUCGAGACUGUUGGAAGCAUCUGCUAUAUGGAAUCCUGAUGUUUCAACCUUUCCAUCGGCCACCUUUUGAAGUUACAUGUACAUUGAGAUUUGAUUUGUUUAUUGAGACUGUUGGA